GCGGACUCUUUAACGUCAUCUUUGCGCAGCAGUUACGCAGCUGUGCCGUCAAAACAGAAAGUAGCCUGCAUACUAAACUAAACUCUUUUCCAUGCGCCAUUCGUUUAUUAAUGUGCCAGGUUAUGUCGCAUCUAUUCUAAACAAAAAGGAACAUUGAAUCAUUACCGGCUAGACGUAAUGGCAUUGCGGGCAUGUGGAUUUGUCAUUUUUCGGCAUUUGGUCCAGAAGUCUCCCCCUGAUAGUAUAGAGUUCCUGCUGCUGCAGACGUCCUACGGGGAACAUCACUGGACACCACCCAAAGGUCAUGUUGACCCUGGAGAGGACGACUUCACCACCGCCUUGAGAGAGACACAGGAGGAAGCGGGUUUAGGUAAAGAUCACCUGCGUAUGGUCGAUGGCUUCUUGCAGAGGUUGCACUAUCAGGUCCGAGGAAAGGACAAAGAGGUCCUCUAUUGGUUGGCUGAGCUGCGUGACCCAAACACACAGGUCGUUCUCUCAGACGAACACCAGGAUUACCGCUGGGCCAAACUAGAGGAAGCCUGCAAGCUGGCAAAAUACCAGGACUUACAGGACACACUUACAGCAGCACAGCGGUAUCUAGAAACACAGGGCAAACAGUAACAUUUACACUUGGUUUUGACAUUUAGACACUGACAGAGUUGAAUGCUUGCUCUCAUCUUUAUAAAAUUGUUUUAGGAUGUUGAAUUAAUGACGGUUUAAAGGAGGACCUGAUGUGCUGUAUGAAAUUUGACUGUGGGAAUAGACAUUUGACUUGCAUCCUUUUUGCGUCUCUACUUGCUAAGCAGAAUUUAAUUUGAAAUCAUAAAAGGUUGCUUCCAAGUAGUUAAAAAUGUUAAGACCAAUGCACAACCUCUAAAUCUCCACCAACAAGUACAACAAAGCUGCCAUUAAUUUCAAAGAAUGUUCCGGGUUCAAUACGAGGUAAGCUGUAAUGACGUCAUCUGUGGCAUACUGUUAAUUAUCACGGAAAAUCAUUUUGAGAAGCCCCACAAUAAAAAAAAAAACACACACUGACA